AAAGCAAAUACCCAACCCGUGUUCAAACCAAAACAACCACUAUUUCCUCUCUCAUCCAUUUCUCCGAUCUUCUUUCUCCCUCUCAAGUCUCAACACACUCAUCCAUCUUACAUUCUUACUCACUCUUGUAAUAAAAAUCACCCCCUCCAAAUCAAUCUACUCCAUCUUUCCCAGUUCUCAAAAUCUCUCUCCUGACAAAAAUGGACCUCCAUCAACACCACCCCCACAUAACCACACCCACCACAAACCCAUCCCCCAACCCAAACCGCACAGAAGCAGAACGUCUUCUAGGCAUAGCAGAAAAACUCUUACAAAACCGAGAUCUAACUGGUUCAAAAGAAUUCGCCCUUCUCGCUCAAGAAACCGAACCUCUCCUCGAAGGAUCCGACCAGAUCUUAGCCAUUACAGACGUAUUAUUCGCAUCCGAAAAGCGCGUAGUCAACAAUCGCCACCAUGAUUGGUACAACAUCCUUCAAACAAAUCGUCAUUCUCUCUCCUCUGACCCUGAUCUCCUUAAAAAAAACUACCGCCGUCUUGCUCUCCUCCUCCACCCCGACAAAAACCGUUUCCCCCUCGCUGAUUCCGCUUUCAAGCUCGUAGCCGACGCAUGGGCAACUCUAUCAGAUCCUUCCAGGCGUGGCCUUUACGACCAUGAGCUAUCCGUCUACGAGAAAGUCGACCUUCGACCUGCUGGUGCUGGUGGUGGUGCUGGUGGUGCUGGUGCGGAUAAAGAUAAGCUCCCUGUUAGGAGAAGCCCCCGCGGUGGCGGAGGUGCAGGUGGCGGCGGUGGAGGAAUUGAUGUAGAUUCAUCUGAUCCCUCGCCGCCACCCGCUACCGCACACGUUGCUUCGAGGAAUAAUCAACCGCGAAGCAACUUGGGCGGGAGAAAGGGAGUAGGUAAUAGUAAGUUAUCCAAUUUUUGGACAGCUUGUCCAUAUUGUUAUGUUUUGUAUGAGUAUCCAAGAGCUUAUGAAGAUUGUUGUCUUCGGUGUCAGAAUUGCGAACGAGCUUUUCAUGCUACGGUAAUAAACUCACUUCCGCCUAUGGUUCCUGGAAAAGAAGCGUACUAUUGUUGUUGGGGUUUUUUCCCUUUGGGAUUCUCUCUUGAGACUAGUACUACUACGGCCAAGGGAAAGAAGAAGGUUGGUUCAGAUAAUAAUGAUGGUGCUACUAAUAAUGUUAAUGUUAGUAGUGUUAAUAAUAAUGAUAAUGGUAAUGGUAAUGAUAAUAAUAAUGUGAAUCAUAGUAAUCAUAAUCUGAAUUCGGGUUUUCCGAAUUGGAUGCCGGCAGGUAUGUUUACUACCCCUGUGGCAGCUGGGGCACAAGGUGGUGGUGGGAAUGUGAAUAUGAAUAUGAAUGUGCCUAAUGUGAAUGCAUCUGUGGGUGGUAUUGAUAUAUCAGAUGGAAGUGGCUCUGCUGGUUUGGGUAAUCAUGUUUCAGCAGGGUUCGGCAGAGUGCCGUUAGGGAUGUCUACUCCGGGGACUAAGAAGCGUGGGCGUCCCCGGAAGAAUCCCAUGCCGGCCUAAUUUGUGGUGGUGGUGUUGGUGGUGGUUGGGAUUUGUUGUUGAAUUUUGAGACCGAAAUUGAAGCGGUCAAGAUUUUAGGAUGGUUAAUAAUUGAAAUUUGAAUGAAUAGAAGAGUAUUACUCCUAAUAUGGAAGAAGAUUAGGGAGGAAAUGGGUGAAAUGUUGGAGGAAAUAAGAAAUUGUUGUUGAUCACAGUGAAAUUCUCACUUCUAAAAGAGGGAAAGAGAUAAUGAAGUGAGAAGAGAAGAGUUUUGAAGUUAAUGCUGGUCUAAAUUGUUUGAAUGCUUUAAAUCUGUAGUGUAGAUUUUAAUUUAGAUGUACUCCAUAGUUUGUACUUUGUAGCACUAACUCACAUAAUCAACAGUUCUUAUUUAUGUAGUAGUAACUAGUAAUAGUAUGUUUGUAGUGAAAUUUGUAAUUUAGAGCAGUUGUUUGUUGUUUAUAUACUUUUGGUGUCAGUAAUGUAAGCCCUCUUCUGUUUAUGAGAAGUGAAAACUCCUAUUCUAGAUUCUA